AUGAACGAGAUCGUCGCGCACCGCCGCAUCGCUCCCGCCAUAUCUCAGCCUUUCUUCAAAUCCGCAACGAGCUGCACCGGCGGUCUCCUGGCGCCGAUUUUUGGAAGAGAUGAUCACGAUGGACAUGACGGGGUCUACAGGGAGUCGUUGACCGUGCCUCGCGCCGCGCUACAUUUCGUCGGCUCGUGGACCGCGCAGGCCUUCAUCGGCCUCUCAGAUCUCUCGCGGGACCCUGACGCCGGAGACCCCGCUGGGCGAUAUGGGAACAAGGACGGGCCCGAGGAAUGGUCGAUGGCUAACGUUACAUUCGAACAUCGAAGUCCGGAUCCUCUCGCUUUGGCGCCGAACAGGUCAGAUGCCCCUCCUGCUCGGUCCAGGACACCUCCAGAGCCCAAGAACGCGUCGACCUCGGAUCUCCCGCACGUGUCGCCAUGUGUCGCCAUCGUAGGGCCGUCCCAGACCAGCAGCCUCAUCUACAUACCUAUCGCCUGGGAACGACGUACUUACGCUCUCCUCUCCUUCACCGAAGUCAAGUUACGCCACAAAAGCCAAGCCCGGACCCCGGACGCGAUACAGUCUGCCUCUGAACACGGGCACCUCGCCUUCUCGCCCUCCCGCGCACCUCCUCCUCAUACCACUUCGUAUACAAAUAUCAGCGUCAUGACACCGUCGCCGCCGCUAUCUCGCCUCCCCGUCGUCCGCCAAUGCUACAGCACCCUCAGCAUAGUCCAUCGGCAUGGCGGCCCGUCCUUUGCACAUGAAGAGUCGAAAACGCUUCGCCCGAAGGCGCCUAGUCCAGCGAUGACAUCGAGCUCGGAUCUGCUAGGGAAUGGGCAUGAACACUGCGACGACUACGCCUACCCUCGAACCGGACAGGCAUUUGUCGAACGGAGCUUGCGAGAGACGGAUGAUGCCGUCCAGAAUGAGCAACAGGAGUAUUGA